AGCUGGAUGGUCAUUUUCUUACCCCUUUGGUUCUUUGGUUUUUCUGAGGAAGAUUUUCUGUUAAUGUGAAGAGAGAUAUGCUAAAAGAUCAACUGAUCUUUCAAUGUGAUCAAGAAUCUUGAUCUGGUUCAUUGCAUUUUGCUUCUACUUCCCUGUUUGUGACUCUUUGCCUCACAUCUUCUGUGGGUUGAAUGCGUGUGUGUAUGUAUGAGAGAGAGAGAGAGAGAGAGAGGCAAAUUACGCAGAUGAUUAUCUACAAGAAAUUAGAUAAAAGUAAAUGGAUUCGUUCUACAUGGUUUUGAACAUUUUGCUUGGGAAACAAGAUGCAGUAAUCUCAAUCAUCAACUCUGAUGUUUAUCUCGGGUCAUAAUACCGUUCCAGUUUCAUUAUAUUUGCACAAGGAGCAGCAUCAGCAGCUCUUGAUAUUCUUCUCAAGCUAUGGUUCUUGGGCUCAAGUCGAAACACAAAAAGGGUGCUGUCAUUAAAGUUGAUUACAUUGUCCAUGUACAGGAGAUUAGGCCAUGGCCUCCAUCAGAAUCUCUAAAAUCUGUUCAAACAGUUUUGCUUCAAUGGGAAAAUGGUGAUCAAAAUUCAGGGUCCUUUCUUACAGUUGCUGGCGAUUCGAACAUUGUAUUUAACGAGUCUUUCAUGCUUCCAUUAACCCUCUACCAAAAGAAGGCCAGCGACAAGUUUCGAAAGAAUUAUCUAGAGUUUAGCUUGUUUGAGCCUCGUAAAGAUAAGGCGAAAGGACAACUCUUGGGGACAGCAUUGUUUAAUCUUGCAGAUUAUGCAUUAAUCGAAGAUGUAUUAAGCAUUAAUGCUCCAUUGAACUUAAAGAAGAAUGGUAAUAACUUGGUGCAACCAGCUUUGGUUAUUAGUCUGGAGCUGGUUGCGAGGGAUAGCUCUAACUCAUCACCAAGUGUUGGUUUAUCAUUAGAAGCAUCUUUGGAAGAUGACGACGAUGACCUUGAGAUCACGUCAUAUACGGAUGACGAUGCUUCUUCCCAUUCAUCAAGGACUGCUGGUUCAUCAAACUAUGAGGGCACAAUAGCUUCACCGUCUCAAAGCGACAAGAACGGAUAUGGAAAUGCUGGAAUUGACCAUACCAAAGAGCGAAAUGGGAAUUUAGAUCCUUCAUCAGCUGAGGCAUCAUCAGAUAAUUGGAAAAAAGUAAAUGGCUACGUUGCUUUGCGCAAGUUUUCUGAGCGUAGCAUGACAUAUGUCAAGAAGAACUCUGCUACCCCCUUGAUUAAAUCUUCUCCCUCGUCCAUAAGUUUCCGAGAUACAAACGGGAAGUUCAACAACAUUGUGGCGAAUUCUAUGCAGGGAAAUGUGGAAGAUAAAUCUUUUGAAAGAUUUGCAUCUGAAGUUUUUUCAGCUGAUCAUUAUAGGAAAAACGGUACCAACGCUAACUCUCCCUACUACCAUGCUUCUCAAGAGAAAGAGUUUCAAUCCGAAGUUUUGCUAAUAAAUGAUGCACAUGUUGGCUGGGGGAAUGAUGAAAAGAGAAGGGAGCAAAAAGAUGGUGAACGGGAUGAACAUAUCAUGGAAGGGACGAACCAUGUUCCAGAGAAGAGUUUACUUGGUAAAUUCUUGUCAGAAAAUGAUACUAAAAGUCAUGAUAUAAUGAGGAAUGAUAUGCUUGUUCCCAAUAGGCAAGGAGCUGCAAUUCCACCAUCCAGCAGUAACAAAGCUCGGUUAAAGCAUGUGAAGUCUGUUCAGAUUCAUGGUUCGAUCAAAGGAAAUGGAUUUCUAGCUGAUAUUUAUGGUGGCGGAAAACCACCAGACCUAGAUAUACCGAGAGGAUCUCAAAAGAAAGGUAAACCAAAGGGUGAUCUUUCUGACAGUAAAAAUGAAUGGAGAAAUAGAGUGGAGAUGCUCGAAGAAGAAUUGAGGGAAGCAGCAGCAAUUGAGGUGGGCUUAUAUUCCAUAGUUGCUGAGCAUUCAAGCUCUGGAAAUAAGGUCCAUACUCCAGCUCGACGACUCUCCAGAUUUUAUAAUAAUGCUUGCAGAACAGGGUCUCAAGCAAAACGUGCUUGUGCAGCAAGAGCUGCCUUAUCUGGCUUAGUUCUGGUUUCUAAAGCAUGUGGAAAUGAUGUUACAAGGCUGACUUUCUGGUUAUCUAAUUCAAUAAUGUUGAGGGCCAUUGUCAGCCAGACUGCUGCAGAAUUGCCACAUUCUAGUGCACCGACAAUAAAAAGUAAUGGAGCUGGACCUGAAUUGACCUCAAAACAUCCAAAUAGACGGGUUGAUUCCUCUCUUGUAGAGGGACAGAAAUCUAGCUCAAUUGGAGAGUCUGAUGACUGGGAGGAUGUCUUGACGUUCAUUAUCGCAGUUGAAAAAGUUGAAGCUUGGCUUUUUUCUCGAAUUGUUGAGUCUGUAUGGUGGCAGACUUUUACUCCACAUAUGCAACCUACAAUCACCGAACGCAGUUACAGAAGCAAAGGCUCAGGUAAGAAGAAAACCAGUGGGAAAAGAAAUACUUUGGGUAAUCAUGAGCAGGUAAAUUACUCCAUAGAGUUAUGGAAGAAAGCAUUCAAAGAUGCAUGUGAAAGGCUUUGUCCAAUUCGCGCAGGAGGACGUGAGUGCGGCUGCUUGUCUGCGCUCGUUAUUCGUGUAAUGGAGCAGUUAGUUAAUAGGCUCGACGUUGCCAUGUUCAAUGCUAUUCUACGUGAAUCUGCUAAAGACAUGCCAACUGAUCCUGUUUCUGAUCCCAUUUGUGAUUCUAAUGUCCUUCCAGUUCCAGCUGGUAAAUCAAGCUUCGGUGCUGGUGCGCAAUUGAAAAAUGUCAUCGGGAACUGGUCAAGAUGGCUUACAGAUCUCUUUGGCCUGGAAGACGAUUCGACUGAGGAUAAUGUUCUUGGAAAUAGCAAGAGAUCAAAAUCUUUCAAAGCUUUUCGUCUACUCCAUGCACUCAGUGAUCUCAUGAUGCUUCCCUUUGGAAUGCUUGCUGAUGCUUCCACCAGAAAAGAGGUUUGCCCAACGUUUGGUCCAGCAAUAAUCAAAAGGGUUCUAAACAACUUUGUCCCUGACGAAUUCUGUCCAUACCCCAUUCCAAGAAACAUCAUCAAUGCACUAGAUUCAGAGGAGAUUUCGGAUUCUUUAGGAGACGUAAUCACAACCUUUCCAUGCAGAGCAAGUUUGACAAAAUACUCACCUCCUCCUGCAGCUUUACUUACUUGUGUGGGAGAAGUCGGAAGGCAAGUGCUCAAAAGUAGCCGACUAUCAACUCUCAAGAAGUCCUACACUAGUGAUGACGAGCUAGACGAGCUCGACUCACCCUUGAUUUCAAUCAUUCCUGAUAGCUGCCAGAGUUCUUCUGCUCUGGCAAAACUCAGCUUGAUGCCAAAGGAAAAAGGUGGUAGAAAUGUUCUCCGGUAUCAGCUGCUCCGGGAGAUAUGGAGAGGCGAUGAGUAGUAGCUACACCCUUUGUGUGUAUAUAUAUAUGUAUAUUUGUUUAGCUUAUGAUCUUCCUUCAUGACAUGAAAGCAUUUCGAGGACUCCAUUGUUGUUGAGUUUGUUUUUGGACGACUGCCUUCGUUGUUGUCAAACAAUUUUAGACAGUACAAAAUGUUACAGGAUAAAUUUUAAGAACAAUUACUUAGACCCCCUUUA